AUGGGUCCUGGACGGGACGCGUUUCUGGAGGCAGAAGCUAUUUGUGGGAUUGCUGCGGAGUUCCCCUGUAUGCCACUGGCUUCCGAAAGUACAGAGGCUGACGAGAAUAGUCCCGAUCUGCACAGAAACUCAAUGUCCCCUCGCAACUUUCUCCCUCUCAAAGCGUCGAUGUCCCUGCCCUUGAAAGGGAGACCACCCGAAACUCAUUUUUCUAGCGGGAAAUACCAAGAAGAGAACUGGAGCGGAUGCAAGGGUGUCCACUUAGGUUCAUGCCACAUGAGAAGCAACGGUUUCGAAACCCACGCCUCAUCUCCUCAACGAGCAUGUGGUUCGGUAGGCUGCAGUGCGGAAUUGCGCACUAGCGAUCAGCGUUUACUCAGCCAGGUCUCUUCGAAGGAUGUGCCUGACUCUGUGUCAAAGAUUUCAACUCCCCAGAUUUUCUCAGCUGUUUCUGAUGAGUCAGGAAGUGACGAUGGAGUGGCCGUUUACAUUGAUGAGACAGAAGACGACGGUGCAUCGGACGGCUUGUUGAUCACGGAGUGCCGUAUAAGUUCCCGGAGAGCAGCUGAAAUCCGCGCCUUCAAGGCUCAGUGGGUACAACAGAUGCUCCUGAAGAAGGAGAAACUCCUUACCCCAUGUCUCGACAAAGUUGCAAGGGGGGACAGACGUCGGACCUCCAGCAUUAGCAAGGAAGUAAAUGGGCAUGAGGCUGGCGCUGCUGCUCUAUCGGGCGGCGGGGAUGAGUUCCUAGAGAGUAAACUGAGGGCAUUUGCUGCAUGCAUGGUACCUGAGGCGCUUGAGUAUAUUAGUCGGAAUGGGAAACGCUGGGCUGAGUCCACCAGCGACACUUCAGAUUCGGACAUUGGAGAAUCCCCGCUGGCGUCUUCUCACUGCUCCCGCCGCUGGCAUUCAACAACCUCGUUAGGGGAAUCGCCUCCACCCGGUAGUAGCCUGCAUACUUCGGCAACUUCAGAUGCACCGAACCUUGCCACGAACGGUGUGCAGAGGCGAGGGGAGCACACCAAAGAGCACGAACAGCGCGCUGUUGACGCUGCGCUGCAUUCAUGGGGACGUUUCCUCAAGUACAUCCGGAGGACCAGCAGGGUUUUGCCCUCAAGGCAGCGAAUAGAACGAAUGGCAGGCCUUGAAAGCGAUGACGAUGACGAACAGGCACCGCUUUACAUGUGCCGCCCUGGGUCUGUGCAGAGGCCGUCACCUCUAAUCAGUUACAGCCUCACCGAACACCUCAAGGCAUCUGGUACAAUGUUUUUCAAGCAGUUCCGUAGGCAGUGUCUGCAUGCAUCUGCUCCGCCUAAACCUGAUGCUUCGGGGACGGUAACAUCGCGCCAGCAGGAGAGGCCGAGUGCACCUCAUGAGUCUUCUUUCUCACCAACGUUGCCUGCUGUUCAGGAAUCUCCAACAAGUAAAUCUGUAGGUACAGCAGUGGAAGAUGACGGGGAAGAUCCCCAUGCCGAGAAGGACACUGAAGAGACAGUUCCUUUGUAUGAAAUAAGUGCAGAAACAUCGGCGCUCUUCGGCGAUAUGAUGCGGCUAGAGGACACUGCGCGGAUGCUCGACGCAUCGUGCACCUUCCGUCUGCCAGCAGCUCCGUCUUCAAUCGUCUGUCGCGCAUGUGUUCGAGCAACACACCGACGCAGCGGAUUGUCGGCUUUCUCCUCGGGUACUGGUCUCUGCUCUGCUGCCUCCUCUGAUUCUCCUUCCGCAACUACAACUGCAGGUGGCGCCUGUACGCAACACAGACGCACAGGCCAUGUGACUCUCUAUACAAGCCCACAUGCAGCGACUGCUGCUGCACUCAGCAAGCUGAUCGCGAAUUGUCAAGCCGAUAAGAGUCUACGAGCACACGCCCGCCAGAACGUGCCGUGCUCGGCAUCUGCGGGAGCGGGUGAUAUGAAGCCAGGGGAGAGCUGUUAUGGGACGAGAGCUCAAGUGGGCAGUGACCCGUGCGUUGUGUAUACAGUCCAGGCAGAUGAAGACACUUUGGCACUUAGCGGGUUGGACGCCGAGUACUGCGCGCGUGUUGAAUGGGCUUCACGGUGGCAAACUCGGGCAGCGUGGAGUUUGGCAAAUUUGGACUGCAUGCAACUGAAUGGAAACGCGUUGCAAGCAAGUGAAACUUCUGCGCCGGCGCAUAAGAAAAAGCGCAAAGCUCCUAUCAGCAACAAUGUGGCGUCGAGUGAUGAGGAGGACUCCACCGGUGAGCGCUCCCCUCUUGAAGAGGAAACGCCAGAACCAUCGUGUCGCGCAGAGGCAGCAGACGAAGCAAACCGCCAGAGGUCGCUGAUGGUUGAUAAGCUCGUGUUGGCCCAUCUCAUGCCUUAUCUUCCGCAGUUCAGUCCUCCUUAG